UGGAAAUGAAGACAAAGAACAGGAGCAAGACUCUGCAGAAGCAAAGGAGCCUAUUGAGAGUUCACAAAGUCCACAAAGGGUACCAGAUGUUUCUGCAACAGAGUCCAGCAAUCAUGUGAUGGAAGAAACAAAGAAUGAAACAAAGUCUCCAGAAGUGCAGCCAAAAUCCUCAAUUGAUUUAACAAAGGAUUCUCAUGCAGUUUCAAAGAAUGUUGUGAUUAGAAAACCUGCAAAAGUGAUUUUUGGCACAGGUGAAACUGAACUGAAAUCAAAGACAGUGCAACCAUGGAAGAAAAAUCUUUGUGAGAGAAUGGAAGCAAGGGCCCAGGCAAUGCAGCAGAGAAUGCUAGAGCAGGGGGCCCUGAAGAAGGAACAAGAGCAAAAGAUUGCAAAAAAGCUCCCUGAGGAUAACUUGGCCAAAGAGUGGUUUAACACUGAAAGCAUGACUUUGACCACCCGUGUGUAUCUGCUGGAUAACCUUCUACCCACCUUGAUUCCUGGUGUAGAACAAAUGUUAAUGCAAGUAGAAAAGAAGAAACUUUUGACCAAAGCAGACAUUCCAGCCAAGUUUGACCCAAUUAAUUAUUUGGGGGAAUAUUUAAUGAGAAAUAAUACUCAUUAUAUCAAAGAUCCAGGAAUGUCUGGUUACCAGAGGGUGAUGAAAGAUGUCAUGGAAGACCUGAAGAUACAUGUUCCUGAUACCAUCAGCCACAGAGUGUCCAAGAUGAAGGAGAAUAUUAAACAGAAAAGACAACAGAGAGAGUACAUAAGCAGAGUCAAAGGCAAGGUGGCCAGCAUGAGGAGACAGGCUUUGGAGGAACAGUUCAGUGAAUGGGUCCUGGAUGCCAAAGGGAUGAUUCCUAUGGUUGUGAUUCAGAAUGUGCUUUAUGAUUUUUUUAAGAAGCCAGGCUUAAAUCUUGAAUCACAUUGCAAAGACCUGGAUGUGACCGACUUAAUAGAACCAGGACUGAACCAAGUGCAAUUCAUAGAAUACCUCUCUACACACACUGCAGACUUGAAAAGUGACACUUUUGAGGAAUUCCUUAAGCAUCUUUGCCACAGUGCAGAUGAAUUCCGAGAGGUCAUAAAAACUGACAUCCGAAGACAGAUGUUUGCUGAACUCUUCCUACAGUGUGACAGUGCAAAGGUGAAGGCUUUGAAUCGGCAAAGAACGUUGGCCUUGCUGGAAGCAUUCUAUGACCAAAGUCCACGAACACUUAGGAGUUUACUCCGAAACCCAAGACAAUGGCCUUUUGUAGAAUUUGAGGAGAUAGAGUUGCCUGAGUUCUGGGGAGACAUGGAUAUUCAGAAACACAUUUAUGAAGAUUUUGAUGAAGUAGUCUUAAAGAUGAAUGUAUUACUUUCUGAAAAACAUGUUGGUAAACCCCAAGAAAAUGAACAGAGACUAUCAACAGUACCACCAAACCUACCACAACAGCAGAGGGAGAUAAGUGCAGAACAAGAACCAGGUACAGAGUCAAUAACAGAUCAGCUCACUGUAGAACAAGGAAGAGGGUCAACUUCAGAGCAGGGAUCACUCAGAGACUCCAUAGCAGAACAAGAUACACACACACAGCAGGACUUAAAUAGAGAAGAUGAGCCACACAGAGGGUCAGUUUCAGAACUUGAGCAACACAGAGCAUCAGUAGCAGCAGGACAACGCAGAAGGUCGUCUGCAGAACAAGGACAUAGAAUAUCAGCUUCAGAAGGAGAAUCACUCAGAGGAUCAAUGAUAGAUCAAGGACAGUACAAAAGAUCCACAGGUCAGCGCAAAGGGUCAGGAGUGUCAGCUUCAGAAUAUGGAAAACAAGAAGAGUUGGUAGUAGAAGAGUCACUGAAAGAGUCAGAACAAGGACCACUGGCAGACGCCACUAUUCGAGAAGAGCAGGAGGUAGACUCAGCCUCACAACCAGAGCAAAGUAGUGCCUUAGGAACAAGUACAAAAUCUGAACACAUUCAAAUGGCAUCACAAGAAGAAAAGCCUUUGCAGCAAAUAAGCAAGGAAGAAGUAGUCAUGAAUUCUGAACUACAGGAGGAAGUUCCUACAUCAAGCAAAAGAGAUCAUCUUUCAGUAACUUCAAAAAAGGAUGCUCAAAAAGACAAAUCCUGUGAACCCAAGUCCCAAAAUAUAGAUGGAAAGUCAUGGUCAGGUGAAUUUUUGACUUGUAACUGGAAAAUGAAGUAUGUCAAAUAUGAAGAUGAGGAACAGGCAAAAUUAAUCUGUGGUGACCCCAGGUUCACAGACCUACACGCAAUUAUCAGAAAUUUACAGUCUUACAAGGAAGUAAAAGGUAGGAGCGACUUCAAUGGAGUUUCCUUCAAUUUGCUCCAGUUUGUGCAAGUCCUGGAGACAUUUGUUGGUGAAGAUACCCCCUUGAGUGUCAGUCAGAACCUCACCUCCUUUUUUCAGAAGGGCUAUGUUGAAACAAAAGGAGAAAAAAUGAGUUCUUUAGAACAGGUUAGACAAAAGGCUUUCCAAAUCCGACGGGGACUUCUCCUAGAAGCCCUCUUUCAGAAGUGGGACAAUGAUGGUUCAGGCUUUCUAGAUCUGAAUGAAGUUGAUGAACUCUUGUAUUCAUAUAAGGAGGGAAUGGAAAAAGAAUCUAUGAAGAAAGCUAAACUACACAUCCAGUUUCCAGAGCCACACCCUGGUCAUGAGGUAAAAUUGUCUUCAAAACAAUUUCAAAAAUACAUAGAAUUGGUUGUAUCUGAACUCAGGGGCAAUGAAGAUCAAGUUCUGGAUAGUGUUGUGGAAUUUCUCGUGAAUUCUUUGGUGAGGAGCCAUACUGAAGGUCUGAGGAAUUGUGCAAGACAGAAAUGGCUACAUCAAAUCCAGUAUGCUGCAGAGACAAGUGGGGUGUCCCUGGAGCCAGUGUACACUGAGACCUUCAAGGCCCUCAUGCAGGAUGCUGAGGCACAUGGAAAUAAGAAGAUCAGUGCUCACAUUUCCCUCUUAGAAGAAAACUUACUACUGCCAGAUAGAGGGAACGUGCUCUUGAGGAAUGUGGCUUGUACCCUUGAUGAUGCUCCAUUUGUACUGAACAAAGUACUUUACAGAGAUAUGGAGGGAAUCAGCUUUACAGUAGUUGAUGAAGGCAAGCCAAUCCAUGUCCCCCAAGUUCAGCACCAUGGGAACAUCUUCUUCUGGAACAAUUCCCGCAAUAAGAAUGAGCACAAUGGGUCUUUCCUGGCUCUACCUCUUCAGGAUGCAUAUAUGAGGAUCUUUGGGGUCCUGGCAGUUGACACUCUUCGAGAUCCCCAGGAAAUAAACAUAUUUCUACCACACGAGAUCAGAUUCUAUCAGGGUGUUGCCAAUGUUUUCAGCACGGCCUAUCACUAUGUUCACAGCAGGGAGCACAUCUUACACACCGUGACCACUGGCAUUAGCUGGCUCUACAAUAUCACAUCUGGGAUCACCUCCAUUACUACAUGCUUUGUUGAGCCUAGCCCAGGCCAGGAAGACUGUGUUUUGCGCAAUAUGAUGCUUACAGAGCAGCUAGGUCUAACAGAAAUUCAUACAGCUCCCCCUACCAUCUUGAGGAAGUCAUGCAUCUUCAGAGAUUUCCUCUUUAAGUGCACAGACACUUCAGAAGUUGUUUUGGCCUCAGCCAGUGGAGAAACCCACAUAGUAAUUCCACUUCGUGAGAGAACAAGAGAGGCUAUGGGAGUUCUUGAUGUGAACAUCGGACGGAGUAGGAUGUUGUUGUAUCAAGAAUACAAAGAUCUACAGAAAAUGAUAAAGAUGAUCCAAACUGCCUGCUAUGAAAUAUUGGGAGAAUUCUCUGGAGAAAUAAAGAAAAACUUGGUCCUAGAGAUGGAGAAGGCAGGAGAAGUCAAGCGUGCAGGCAUUCUCUUCUUCCGAACGAUGCUGCAGGAGCUCUUCUAA